AGGACUUUUAUUUUGAAAUUGGCGAUCAAACCCUCAACCCCGUCGCCUUAUAGUUCUUUGCUGAAGAGAAAAGGCCCGAUGAGGCUUCAGGGUGGUGUUGUGAUUCAGAAAAACAAGUUUAUAUAUUUAGCAUGCCGCAUAAUUAAUUUUUGAAUAGCGACACGCGGGGAGUGAGCGAAUCUAGGCUGAGCUAAACUAAGCCAGCUGCGUAGUUUAGCUGAGCUGCUGCAGGAAAGCCGUUGUUGUGUUAUUAGUGUUAUGACGUUCCCUUUGUCUGCCUUAACGGGACGUUUGCUGGCAUUUUCGCUGUAAAACUCUCCACUCCCGCGUCCUUGGGGUGUAUUCUGUCUUUAGCUAGCCUCAUUUGUUCGGUUCGGGUUCGUGUGGAGCCGAGUAAUCCGCCAUGUCUCUGCACGGUAAGAGGAAAGAGAUCUAUAAAUACGAGGCGCCAUGGACGGUGUAUGCCAUGAACUGGAGCGUCAGACCAGACAAGCGCUUUCGCCUGGCUCUCGGCAGCUUUGUGGAGGAGUACAACAACAAGGUGCAGCUGGUUGGCCUUGAUGAGGAGAGCUCUGACUUUGUGUGCAGGAACACAUUUGAUCAUCCGUAUCCCACCACUAAGAUCAUGUGGAUUCCUGACACUAAGGGGGUUUACCCAGACCUGCUGGCCACCAGCGGAGAUUACCUGCGGAUCUGGAGGGUGAACGACACUGAGACCCGUCUUGAAUGCCUUCUGAACAACAACAAAAAUUCAGACUUCUGCGCCCCUCUGACUUCUUUUGACUGGAAUGAGGUCGACCCCAAUCUCCUGGGCACUUCCAGUAUUGACACCACCUGCACCAUCUGGGGUUUGGAGACAGGGCAGGUGCUGGGAAGGGUAAACCUGGUGUCUGGUCACGUCAAGACUCAGCUCAUCGCACACGACAAAGAGGUUUAUGACAUUGCGUUCAGUCGUGCGGGUGGAGGGCGGGACAUGUUUGCGUCCGUGGGAGCAGACGGCUCAGUGCGGAUGUUUGACCUCCGUCACCUGGAGCACAGCACCAUCAUCUACGAGGACCCUCAGCACCACCCGCUGCUCCGUCUCUGCUGGAACAAACAGGACCCCAACUACCUGGCCACCAUGGCCAUGGACGGCAUGGAGGUGGUCAUUCUGGAUGUGCGUGUGCCCUGCACGCCGGUGGCUCGGCUGAAUAAUCACCGCGCGUGUGUGAACGGCAUUGCGUGGGCUCCACACUCCUCCUGCCACAUCUGUACAGCAGUAGCGGACGAUCACCAGGCACUGAUCUGGGACAUCCAGCAGAUGCCGCGGGCCAUCGAGGACCCCAUCCUGGCGUACACGGCUGAGGGAGAAAUCAACAACGUGCAGUGGGCGUCCACCCAGCCCGACUGGAUAGCCAUCUGCUAUAACAACUGCUUGGAGAUCCUGCGGGUUUAACAGCGAAGCUGAUACUGGCCCUGACUCCGCGCACACCGAGAGCAGGGCUAGUCCCAGUGAGAGAGAACAGGAGGAGGGGGAGGAGGAGGAAGAGGAAGGAGGGAGCGGCUGGUUUCUGUGCUGUUGUAGAGGUCUCGAGGUUGCCGGAGGGUUUGGGUAGCGGAGAAGAUUCUGGGGUUGAAGGGAUGGGGGGUGGGGGGUUUGCGUGUGCACGCGUGAGAGGAUUUGUUUAUAGAUGCGUGUGAAUGUGUGGUUUUGCUGCAUUUCAUUUCUGUUUGUCCUUCAUUACGUGUUGUUAUUCUUGUAUUAGGCUCAUAUUGGGGUCUUCAGUUUGCUGUGUAAUUAUUUCCGACAGUUUUCUAUUGCGAUGAAAUUAUGUGUAGACCUGUCAAUGCAACAGACACAGCAGCAUUUCCAGACCAGUGGGGGGGAAAAAACAAGUCAAAAAUAUGCUCUCAAUGUUACUCACUGUAAGUGUACUACGUUUCAAGUAGAAAAGACUAUAGUUACAAAGCAGCCAGCGUUGAGAUUACCUUGGAAUGAUGCUUUUUUUUAUUAGCUUGUGGCCAAUAUUUAUCGUCUGAGCAAAGUUGGUAAGUAAAAAUUUGCUGAAAUAUGCCAAAAGCUCAUUUAAUUUCGUCUUUCUUGCAUCUCAAACAUGCCAAGUUUUUGUUUCGCGAGUCCUCUGCCGUUAUUCAGGUCUACUGAAGUGCAUAUGAUUAAAAAUGUGCUGCAUUUGAUUGACAGCUGAAACUCCAGUAACUGUGAGCAUGCUAAAUAGACUUGAGCUUAGAGAAUAGGGAAAUGCAAUUUUUCAUGACUAUUAGUCUUUUUAAUCUCUGAUUAUUAGGCAAAACAUCUGCCUCAUUUUUUUGAGGCAACUUCACUCUUUAAAGGGGAACGACAGUCAUUGAGAUAUAAAGUCAUUCAGAGUGGUUUGAUUUCAGAGAAACUCAUUUUUCUUUGCAGUGGUUGUGACGGGAACCCGAGGUUGUGAUGUCUACGAUGCAAAAACAGCCAUGAAUGGGUUUUAAAAAAUGUUUUACAUGAACAGCUCAAAACUCUUGUAAACCAAUAUCUCAGGCAUCAGGAAAUGUGUUUGUAGCAAUCUCUCUUAGGUAGCUUUCUGUGAGGAAGCUUUUAAAGGCAUUAAAACACUUUAGAUGUUUUGGUUCCUAUCAUCACCACUCUAAACACUCGCUUGGAAAGUUUCUCUAGAAUUAAGCAUUUCACACCAAACCACUCUGAAUGGCUUUGUUCAUAUAAUAACCAUUUAAUUAUGCCAAAAUUUUGAAGAACAUGUAGUGUUUCCCUUAAAGUUCAAACUGAUGUUAGUGUUUGAAUGACUUGAAAUGGUCUUGGUGUAAAAAUGACGAGCGAUCUUCUGGCUCUCCUUAACCUUUUUCCCCACUUUCUUCUGUCUUAUCUCACUAUUUUGGUUGGCGUUCACUCCCUUUUACCGCAUGUUUGUGCUCAACGUGAGAGAUGUACAUACAUAUAUAAAUAUUAUAAAUAAGCUAGGGCAAACCGUUCAUGUUGUGACUUUUUUCCAGAAGAAAUUCGCUACAGGUCGCUUGGCUGUCCAUGAAAAUGUUUGGCUGUGGUUAGAAGUACAUUGUAAUAGUUCAGUGUUUCAGGACCCAGCUGAACAUGACCGUGGAGGCUCUCGCGAGCUCAUCCGGUCCUCUCUGAAAGACUGCAUAUGUGAUUACGUGUGUGUGCCCGACCGCAAUGUUUUUUCUAUUAAUAAACUUGCAUUGUUCUUCCAUAAA